AGCACCCAACUUACCCUGUCCUUACCUAGCCAACUAUCACACCCCCCUAACACUUUUCUCCUCUCCCCAACCUUUCCUACAUCUCCCAUUUCUUUCUUCAUCCUCCUCUCCGCUCGUUACGCCAUAUACCUUCUUCCCCAGGACCCGGUCAGCCAAAAGGACGACAUCCAUAUUGUCGCCAUCAUACUCCGUCCGCCGCCUUGGAGCGUACGGGGACAAUCCACGAGCCGGGCAGCGGAGCUUUGUUUGCGACACUGACCUUUCAUGCACCCAGCCCGCCAGCUGCAACGCCAAAGCAAAGUUCCUCCACACCCCCGACCUGAUCGCCCUGUCUUAUCGGACCCUUUCAACCUUGAAAUCCGCACCACACGACAUCACCGCAAACCUCCUCUGUAUCCUCAUCGCUUUCCUUCCGCCGCCCUCGACCAACUCAUCGUGAAUCUUGAGCUGGUUCACGCAAAAGGGAAUCGCCGUUCCCUAGGGGUUCCUGGAUGGUACGCGACCCAUAACUUGCCCGGGAAAGCCUCCUGCUGGUCGCCAUCCCGCAGUUCGACCUACAUCGAUAUCGAAAUCAACCUACCUGGACUUAUUGUUGCAUUCCACGCUUCGAACGGACUACCAUCGCUUAGAUCCCUUUUUGGACUUUUUGGACAACAGGUCCUUCACCAUUUUACCUUCCAUCGGUCCGCGCUUAGAAGAGGUUCGACGUUGGAUAUCCCAGCCGCCUGAGAACCGUACGGCUGAGCCACGAUUAUUCACCUUUGCCUUGCCGUGCACCACUUUAACAUAGCCGGAGGCCGUCGAUUCCGCGCAUCUGCAUACAUCAGAAC